CACACACACUUAUGCACACACACACACACACAGACACAGACACACAGAGAGCAGAUCAGAUAGUACCAUCUGAGACCCAGCUGGGUAGCCUUGUCCUCGUCUGCAUGGGCACUUUCAAGCGAGCGUUGUUGGAUAUUAUUUAUUCCCUGGUUGAAUUUUGACUGGAGCGUAUGCAGCUCACUCCUUCCCACACGAUUCAGCAAGGAAAUACUAAGCAUGCGCACGACACAGAAGGAACUGUUGUAGAACUGCAGAACUACCCUAAGGAUGUCUGACCCCGCCAUCUCUCCAUCCCAGAUGCCUGAGGUCCCGCCCCUUCCCGAUCCCACCAAUGACGAGACAGAGAAAGAGGAAGAGAAACCAGAGGAAGAGAAACCAGAGGCGGGGCUACACUUCCGCUCGGCCCCUGGAGCAGGCCUCGUAUUGGCUGGAAUACUGGUGCUGGUGGGAGUGGGCGUGGCCACUGCUGGGUACUGGCCUCCCCGCGCCCCGCGCCAAAAUCCACCCCGGCCCAGGGAACGGCUCAAGCUGAUUGGACCCAUCAUCUUGGCCGUGGGGCUCUUCAUUUUGAUCUGCGCCAGCACUCUCCUGUACGAGAACCGCGACCGCCAGCGCUUGGGGGACCACGGCGGGAAAAAGAAGCGGAAGAAAAGGCGCCGGCACAAGAGGAAGCCUCCUAGCGAGUGUGCAGAGGGCCCGGAGCAGGUGUCGGUCGGCCUCCCCCCAGACACGGCCACACACACCCUUACUGACUCUGAACUCAACAUCCACUGCGUGACGGAAACGUCUGUGUCUGUGGCACAGAUGAAUGGGAGACAGGACUCUCCGGACCCCUCACCUGGGCCCUCCCACCUGAACUUAACGUGUGAGAGGCCCCUCCCACCACCACUGACCCCACCAAUCAUAAAGCUGAACAACCGGAUCAUUGACCCUUAUGCCCUGGAGCCCCCGCCCCUUCCUCAGCGCACCUAUAAACUCAAGAAAGGAGGGGCUGAAUCUAGUGCUGAGGACCAAUAAGAACAGCUGUGCGUAUGUGUCUGUGUGUUUUAAGUGUGUGUAUGUUUGUGUAGUUUGUACAUUAAAAUUAAUUGAAUUUUAAAUAAGAACUGUCAUUGGUAUCUAAUUUACAAUUAGCUGUUUUUUUGUCAAUCUUUUGAUAGGAUCAUCUCCAUCUCUGAUUGUUUAUAUAAAAGGGUAAAUAUUGCUUCUCUGUUACUCAAACAAUAUGACCCUUACCACAAUGUUACCAAUCCCUAACACUAAGUCUCACAUUCCCUGAAAAUAACUACUCUUUGUUGGCUCAGAGGCCUUGGCCUAUCUUCAGGGGACUUUUAUUAAA